AUGGCCUCCUCCUCAUCAGUUGGAGAUAAUCAACUACAGAGGAUAAUCAGAGAUCUGCAUGAUGCUGUUUUAGAGUUGAGUAAGGAACACAACGACUGUGGUGAACCUGUAACUGAUGACAGCGCCAACUUGCACAAGUUCUUCUAUAAACUUGAAUAUCUGCUACAGUUUGACCAGAAAGAGAAGACAACCUUUCUUGGUCAGAGAAAGGACUACUGGGAUUACUUCUGCGACUGCCUGAUUAAGAUCAAGGGAGCUAACGAUGAGCUGCUAAUUCACUUGCUGCCUUACACCUUGUUCCUCUAUCCUUCUUCUAUCCUGGGAAUUCACAGUGUUGAAGACAUCCUUGGGAAAGGAAGGGCCUUCAUCCGCUACUCACUCGUCCACCAACGCCUUGCUGACACACUGCAGCAGUGUCUCAUAAACCAGAAGAUCACAAGUGACUGGUAUUAUGCCCGGAGUCCCUUCCUCAAGUCCCACCUCACUGCUGACAUAAUUAACCAUCUUUAUGAGCUCAACCAGAUCCAGUUUGACGUGGCUGCCAGAGGAUACGACCUUGAUGCAGAUUGGCCAACAUUUGCAAGGCGAACAUUAGGCACUGCCUCAUCAGCUUUCCUCUGGAGGCCUCCCAGUCGCUGCUCCAGCAUCAACAGUCUCAUUAGCAGCUACUCACAGGUGCAGGAGUAUCUUCCAAUCCAUGACCUGAAUCCCAGUCUCCUGGGUGAGCUUGAUGAACUGGGGGAGCCCUCUUCAUGCAGCAUUGCAGAUAACCUGCGCAUUGAGCUCGACCAGUCCGAGCUCAGACAGCAGGAGCUGCUGGUCCAGGUUCAGGAGUUAGGAAAACAAGCUGAUGACUUGAAAGGUGUGGUGAAAGACCUUCAAGGCCAGCUUUUGGCAACUCAGAAGACUGCUGGCCCCUCUGUAUCUACAGAAGCCCAAAGUAACCAACAUACAGAUAAUCAGGGCGAGGCAAAUCACCUUCAAAUCUGUAGGGAAGCGAUAAACGGCGACCUUCAAAAUAGACUCACAGCGGCUGAGAACAAAAAUAUGGAGCUUCUCACCAAGUUGGACGAAUCGCUUAAAGAAAAGGGACAACAAACAGCUAGCUACUGCGACUCAGCCUGGAAAAUCCAGGAACUCCUGGAUAAACUCAAGGCAGCUGAGGAGGAGAGGUUGGAGGCGAAGAGAGAGGCGGAGGACAGAGUAAGGCACUCUGAGCGUCUGUCCCAUGAUCUAAAACUCAGGGAAGAAGAGAUGAGGAUCAGUGAGGAGAAGCUGGCUGAAGUAAAAUCCGGAGCUCAUUGCGAACGUGAGGAGGCGCUGGAACGGUUAGAGGAGCUCCAGACCGCAGUCGGUCGGAUUCAGGGGGCACUGUGUUUGAAAGAGAAGGAAACGGGGAACUUGAGAGCACAGCUUCAGGACCUACAAUCGUCACUAGAGUGGAGAGAAAGGAAGGCAGAGGACCUAAGGAAAAGACUGAAUGAGGAGAGGGAGGAGGUAGAGCAGAGAUGUAGCAGGAGUUACAGCCAGAAUGACAGACUGGAGACCCAACUCCUGGAUGUUAGGAAAACUCUGAAGAACAGAGAAAAAGAGCUCGCUGUUAGUUCAGAGAGAAUCAAACAUUUAGAAGAGCAGUUGGAGAAGCUGAAUGUUGAGAAAGCGAGUCUGAGCUCUAGACUAGCUGAUAAUGAAACAGUUUCCUCUGAGAAACUUCAGGAGUACAAAACCCAAUGCCACAAUCUCAUGGAAAUAAAUGCUAAGGUACUCCAAACUGUUAAGAAGAGCGAGGGGAGCAUUACAGAGCUGACUGAGAACAGGGUAGCCUUGUUAGACCAGCUAGCUUGUUUGAGGGCUUCUGAAAAGCACUUAAAAGCCCGAGUUGAAGCGGCAAAUUUGUGUGUGGAAGAUCGGGAGAAGAAACUUUUAGAUGAAAACCUGCAUUGGGAAGAGAUUGCCCAGAAGGUGCUCGUCCAGAAGGACAUAUCUGAUGCUCAAAUAAAGAAUCUAGAGCAUGAUAACCAGGAGCUUCUUGAGCUCCAGUCCUCAUUAAAGAAAAAGUUAGCGACAACUCAGCAGGAUCUGGACUCACUCACUGCCAAAGCUGCAAAGUUGGACAAAAACCUCAAUGUGUCCCAAAGAAGCCAAGGAGAGUUACUUGAAAAACUGAAAGACACUGAGGCUAAACUGAGAGAACGGACUGAUGAAUGUGGGCAUCUGCAAGUGAGAGCCGAGGAGCUGGAGAGCAGGAGUGGGGAGCUGCACCAUGAAAAAGGAGCCGCAGAGAGCAAUGAAAAAAUGCAGCGUCUUCACGAGAGGCAUCAGACAUCCUCAACGGAAAACAAAGAUGCCCCGUACAGGCUGGUUAUGGCUGAGGCUCAACUGGAGCUCAACCUGAGGGAGGUGCAGCGGCUCCAGGAAGAGGUGGUGAAGCUCAGGGCUCAGCACCUGGCAGGAACCGAGGAGAAGAUGAAGGUGCAGGCUCUGCAGGAAGUGACCGAGUCCUCCAGAGAGGACCUCCGCAUCUUAGCAGAACAACUGAAAGCCCAGGUAGAGGAGCUCAACCGCCGGCAUGUGGAUGAGAUUCUCCGUUCGAGGGAACGAGAGGAGGCUCUUGUUCGGGAGCGUGACGGUGAAGCUCAGGCUCGAGCCGGCCUUGCUGCAGAGGUGACAGCCUCCAGAGAAGAGCUCAAUAAACUGAAGCUGCAGUAUGAAGCCUUGUGUCUGGAAAACAGCGAAUCUAAGGAGGCGCUCCACAGGGCCAACACAGAAACAGCUGAGCUCGGCAUCCAUGUGUGCAUGCUCACUGCUGAGAACGAGGAGGCUCGUCUGCGCUGGGAGGGCCUGUCAACGAAGCUGCAGGAGCUGGACGAGGAGGCGUCCCAGGAGGCGGAGAGGCUGAAUACCUGCAUGGAGCAGCUGAGUCAGGAGAACCAGCGGCUCCUGGAUCAGCUCCAUAACGAGAAAGGCCCGUCGGCAAUCAAGCAGGAGGAGCUGAGCAAGGCUCAGCAGGAAGCCGAGGCUGUGCAGGCGACGAGCCAGGAGGAGAUCCAGGCGCUCCGCUUCCAGCUCAGCAGCCAAACCAUGAGCCACGACGGCCGGAUCCAGAAUGUAAAGCAAGAGUUACAGGAAGUGAAAUCACAGAUGACGACCGAACAAGAGAAAGUAGUCGACUUGGAGAACAAAUACAAACAGCUAGAGGCUGAGAAUCAGAGAUAUUGCCAACAGAUUGAGGAGAAAAACACCCAGAUGGCCGAUUCUGUAAAUCUCAUCCGGCAGAAAGAAGACGAGAUAAUCCAUCUGAAAGAGAAUUUAUCAAGUUCUCAGGAUAGUCUUGCAGCGGCUCAGCAGACCUGUCAGGAGAUGAGUGAAAGUCUACGGAGAGCCACACGGGACAAACAGAGCUUUGAUCUUAAGACGGCAGCUGAACUCGAUGAUCUUUACCGCACCAAAAUCAAUUUGGAAGAAAGGCUUGUUGAACUCAUCAGGGAGAAGGAUGUUCUGUGGCAGAAGUCGGAUGCCCUGGAGUUUGAGCAAAAAAUGCGCGAUGAGGAGACGGAGAGAGACGUCAACUUCUGUCUGGGCUGUCACACCCAGUUCAGCUGGUGGCUCCGCAAGCACACCUGCAGACUGUGUGGGCGUCCCUUCUGCUACUACUGCUGCAGCAACACAGUGAGCACGCAGCAGGGCGGCCACAAGGAGCGCUGCUGCAUCGACUGCUACAACAAUCACACCGCAGUGGUGGAGCGCCACCCUCAGGAGGAGGUGACUCACAGCACGCCGGGGACACCUUUCCAUCGCUUGCUGCAGGCUGGGAGAGCUGUGACGGGUGCUUCAGGAGAAAAUGAAGGUGAAAAGGCGGAUGAUGGUGUUUUCGACAUCAUCACAGAGGAGGAGGUGAGCGGGGUCUAUGAUAGUGACACCCUCUCUUUUGCCACCGCCUGCUCUCCUGAACACGGACAGCAGGGGGCAGCACAACUAAACAGCAGUGCCAGUGCAGGAGACCUCACAUCAGAAGAUAAUGAUGACCUCAAUGCGUCGGUACAAGAUGCAGAGAUCUGCCUGCUGAAGUCUGGAGACCUCACGCUCUCCAUCCCCUUCACAGUGGAUGACAUCUCAGGGUUUGGGGAAAGCUCCAGAGAGCUCUUUAUAAAGUCCAGCUGUUACAGCACCAUCCCCAUCACCAUGAGCGGGCCUGGGCCGACUGUCUGCUGGACGUUCACCUCCGAACCCAAGAGCAUCUCCUUCAGCGUGGUCUACAGGGAGAGCACUGAGACUACACUGGAGCAGGCCAAGGUCUUGAUCCCUCUGACUCGCUGUAGCUCCCACAAAGAGACAAUCCAGGGGGAGCUGAAAGUCAGGAACGCUGGGGAAUACACACUCAUCUUUGACAACUCUUUCUCAAGGUUUAUCUCAAAGAAAGUCCUGUAUCAGCUGAGUCUGGACAAGUCUGUGGUCUACGAUGGAACUGACCUCCUCUGAACGUGACAGGAAGGGAGCGGCAGGUGUGAAACUCACGUUUUUGGGACACUUUGGGUGUUGAAACUCAUGCGUAUCAUUUCAAAGCACUGGGUCGGAGUCUACUGCCGUUAAACAACUUCAACUAAAGGUUACGAAAAAAAAAUAAAAAGCUUCUCAGCUAGCGACUUCAUCAACAGGUGAUCAUCAGAUGGAUUCUGAUUAUAAGAGGCUUAACAAUGUUACACUAUUGAAUGUAAGCAUGCACUACCUAUUAUAAAAGCCGGACGUUGUAGUUUAAAUGUGGCAUUAAGGGUAUCAAACUUCACUCCUUGAUCACUGGAGGAUUGUUACAUUUCUCAAUGUGAAAGUUGGUUUCUCAGCACCUACACAUGUAGCUCUUGUAGGCAACUAUUUUUACUGCGUCAUGCAGAAGUAAAGCUAAUUUUCUUUUAAGUACAAGGUGAAAUUGUUUGAUAAAUCACGGUUUGUUCCUAUUGUAAGACUAUUGAAAUGUGAUUGUGUUGUCUGCACAGUGAGAAAAGCGUGGGUGAUAGGGUUAAAAUCCCCUUCCACAGUAUUACCAUCAUGAUGUAAUACAUUUCCCAGAAAAUACAUUGAUACAAUAUUUCUGGAUGGACAGAAAUGUCUAUUUUGGCUUGUUUGAAAAGAUUAUAAAAUAAAUACUAGCCAUGAAUCAUAUCCUGCUUAUCACAAUGGCCUAAUACACCUAGAGAUAUCAAAGGGAGGACUUCCACAUUAUGAAUGGUUUACCAAAAACCUAUUGUAAUGUUGUUAACCCUUUAAGAGACAUGACUGAAAACAGUUUUGAAAAGAGUUAGGUUUGAAAAAAACUCUGGAUUGGUCCUUUACUGAAUACGUUGACUUGAGAACGGUUACUGCUGCACUGUAUGUAUUUCAUAUAACUAUAUCUGUCAACCACUGUGUUGAUAUCAUGCUGCUGUAGAAUCAUUGGUGGAGAAGCUAUCUGUAAAGCGUGCACUGUCAUCUGUUUCUAAGCCCAUUCUCAUUUCAGCCAGUACAGAAUCUUCAUAACUGUUGCCUUUUUAGCUGUCAGAAAUUAAAUGGAUAUAUUGUGUUGCAAUCAUGAAAGCAGAAGACAAGGAAGCAGGACUUUUACUAAGGCAGCACUACAGCCAAAUGAUUCGGUUUCAAUUGUCUCUGGAAAACGAGCUUUAAUUCAGGGCAAUUUCCGAUUAUUGCCGUUUAUGAGUUCAAUGCAUGCAAACACUGUGCCCAUAUUUCUCAGAUUUAAACCUGCACCGGUAAAAAAGGGUGCACAUAUUUAAAACAAAUAUUUAAAAUGUACGUUUUUAGUUUUGACAAACCGUGAGGAUUUUGCAUUAAACUUAGUAAAGAUUUGACCUACAAAUACAUUUUCUAAUGACAGAAAUAAAAGCCUUUAGAUGAAAACAAACAUAUUUAAAAUGAUAAACAAUCGUGUUUAUUUAUAGAGUGCUUUUCUAGAUGAGAGAGAUGUUUGUUCUUCAGUAUAGCUGUUAGCUGUUGCUGUGUGAUGUUAAUACAGUUUUGCAGUGUCAAACAGAAUCUCAGCAUGCAGCCUUCAAAUAAUGCCAGUCCAAAAAUCACUUUUGUACUUCUCUUAAUGGACGUUUAUUUGAAGGCUUUAAUGCUGACAUUUUGACUUUAUUUUUCAACUGUGUCUUCACUCUGGUCAUUUGAUUCAACUGACUUGAAUAUACUGAAACAUUGCUUUGUUGUUCAACAGAGAAUUUACACAUUCACAAAUGUCUUCCACUAUUUUAAAACCAUUGUGUAAUUUAUAUUUUGAACCUAUCAUAUAAGAAAAGUGAUAUAUUGCCAAAUAUAUUUUGGGUACAUAUUUGUCUCUUUUAUUGUUUUUGAUUUGGAGUUUCUGUUUCAAGACAUUGCAAAGUGACUGCUGUGUGAUGCACUUUUGGAAGGGCUUUUCGUUGUUCUGAAUCCCAUGAGCCCUUGUGCCAGUUAUUGAAUGUUGUGGUUUUUUUUUUCAUUUGAGUGUAGUGAGUGUGUGAUUGUAGAAGUUUACUGCUGGAUUUGUCAGAGGGAAGCUUUCACUCUGCAACUCAACCUGUAAAUGACUGUUGACAAAUGUGUUAUUGAGAUGUUGUUUACAUACUAAAGAUUUAUAAUAGAGUGGAUUUAAGAUUGCAGACAAAUAAAAAAGUAUUGUGUGAUACUU